AUGGAUGUUUUCUACGAGCCGGCGAAGACUCCAGCUGUCAGGGCAGCUCUUUCUUGGGAUAUACUCUGCAAGGAGAAAUGUACUCUUGCCCUCAUUUUGCCUCUUGACUUCAGCGAGAUCUUCAACAUUGUGCAGUCCCAGGGCGAUAGAAAUCAUUAUAAACCAGACAGGAUUGUCAUGGGAGGUCAACCAUUAAGAAAUCAUCUGAUUGCAGACUUGCUCAAGAUCUUUAAAAAAGUCUUCCUUCUUUAUGGCUCUACAGAGGGUUCUAUUAUGAGCCAGUCUACAUUGACAGAGGCCGAAGAAGAUUUUUUCUCUGGGAAACCCGUAAAUGUUGAUAACGUCCGCCUGGUGAACAAAGACCAAGAGAAGUGCAAGCCAAAGGAAGUCGGGACCAUACAUGUCAGAGGUCCUGGUGUUUUCAAGGGAUAUUUUAACAAACUGGAGGAGACAGACAAAAACACUGCCAAGGCCUUCACGGCAGAUGGUUGGUUCAACACAGAGGACAACGGGUUUUUCGACGACCAGGGAAAUCUUUUUGUUCUUGGCAGAGAGAAGGACAUCAUCAUGUACGGCUCUUAUAUCGUCUACCCAGGAUGGUUAGAGAAGAAGAUAAUGGCUCACCCUGAUGUGAUGGAUGUUGUAGUAGUACCUGUAUCAGAUACUGUUCUCUUCCACAACAUCUGUGCUUGCGUGAGACCGGCGAAAGACAAGACUUUGGACGAGGAGAAUUUGCGAGACUUCUGUGAGAAAAUAUUCCUUAGCAGCAGCGAGAUUGAAUGUACGCCCGUUCCGAAAUACUUCAUGGUAUUGGAAAGCUUUCCUGAGGCGACGACGGGCAAACCAGACAAGAAAAUACUAAUGAAGAUGGCAGAGGAACGAUUUGGGCAAGAUGCGCAUUAUAUGUCAGCUUAUUAA